GAGCAACAUACAACAUCCAUCCGAAACCGCAAACAUCCAACAAUCCACCAUCGCCACCACCACGAACCACAUGAGCCUGAACAAGAUCAAGAAGCGGGACGCGAGCGACUUAUGACUGAUGCGCUCCAAGGGCAGCGUCGGCGUCGGCGUUCCCGUCGGCGUCGCCGUUGGCAGCGGCAGCCGGUACAAGGUGACGGCCCGCUGCGUGCCCGAAGUGAGCAUCACGUCGCCGACGACUGCAUCCGGCGGCGCCAGCAUCCAGCCCAAGCACUUUGCCCUGCUCCGCAGUCGCUCGCAACCGUCGCCGCCGCCGUCUAACAGCCUUUUCUCCACGCCAGGCGGGGCCACUCUGGUCGAGGAGGAGGAUUUCAGCUUGGCCAGCGGCAGCGGCACAGCGGCCAAGAACGUGCUCCAGCGCCAGCUGGCCACCACCGUGCAGCAGGAGGAUCCGGAAGUGGAGCAUUCGGUGCAGGAGCACAACAGUUGCAAGUUGCCCGUUGCCGAGCCGGCGGAACCGCCCAAUGAGCUCACUCCGCUGGUGGAGGAGCCCGGUUCCGUAGCGCCAAGCCAUCGCUAUAGUCACAACUCCAAGACCACUCGCUCCUGGCCGGUCAUCUACCGCAAUCCUCACCACUGCGACUACGAGGCGUUGUACGUGCAACAGCAGCAGCAGCAACAGCAGAGCUUCAAGCAGAACUGCUACUCCAAUCAGUUCAAGCAGUCCAUCGUCUACUCCAGCAGCAAUGAGGAGCUGCCCGGCGGCGAGCCGGUAGCCUCGAGUUCCGCCGACAACCGCCAGACGACGUGCUACUACUUUGCGCCCAGCCGGCACAACAGCAUUUAUGAGCACCCCUCCUCGGUGGUCGGGGGAUCCCUGCAGUUCGAUAAUCCAACGACCACAGCAGCUGCGGCGGCGGCCGUCGAGAGUUUGAGGCGCAGCAACAGCAUCCUGUUGCGUCAGAACAGCUGCGCCAAGGUCAUCCAGCGUCGGGGCAGCGGCAGCGGUUCACCCACCUCCCUGGGCUCCCAGAUGGAGGGACUGGGCAUGGGCAUGGGCGGCGGGGGAGGCGGCAGCGCCUGCUGCUCCAGCUGCUGCAUGGGCCCGCCGCCGGUGCUCUUCCUGUUCGUCACCCUGCUGAUGACCACCAGUGCCACGGCCAUGCUCUGCGCCGCCAUCAUGACCGACCACUGGGAGCACGUGACGUGGGACCGCAACAGCCUCGAUCGCUACACGAAUCGGUCGGGACUGCACCUGGAGUGGCUGCUCGACGACCAGGUGGCCAUGCUCAAGCCGGACAAGAGGGCCGAUCAUCGCUUCCGGCGCGACUCCGUGUUCCUGGUGCCCAUGCAUGGCGGCAUCUGGACGCUGUGCAUCGAUCUGCCCAUCCAGCAGCUGCAGGAACUGCGGCGCAAUCCCAAGUUCCCGCGCGGUGCUCCGCCGUGCGUCAACUACCUGGCCGGCUCCAUGGAGAACGCCCGCGGCGAGGAGCAGCGCAACGACUGGCAGCACAGUGAGUCACAGGUCACUCUGCAGCCGCAUCUGAGUACGUAUCCUGGGGCAGUCCGACUGUGUAUCCCACACUCCAGUUCCCACUCCGAUAUAACUUUCUUUGGGGAAGUCUCCCGUAUUUAUUGUUUACACUUCUUGCCUUCCUUCUUCGUUUUUCGUUUCUCGUUUAAUACAAAACAUUAUUUUAUGUACGCACUUAGCACUAAUUGUGAUUGUAAACUUACAGACUUACAGAGAAUUUUGGUAGAAAACAGCAAACAAAUAGCAUAA